CGUUAGCAGUGGAUGAAAAAAAAAAAGAAUCUCUCUUUGCUUCAGCCAGCGAAUGCAUAAUCUGGAAAGGAAAUAAGUGAAGCCCCAGGCCCAGUUUCAUCUCCUGUAAUCCUGGCAGAAGCACAGAGGUCCUGUACUAAGUCCAAGAAGAGCAAAAGAACCAACUCAUUUCGGUGUACAACCUCAACCACCUGUCAACCUUGGGAACAGCUUUCCUCAUUAGAAACCUUUCCUAAAGGACAAACAGCAGAGUGGCCAGACGACCGAAAGAAGCACUUCUGUGUCUCCAUAAAAAGACAGCUAGACAGUGAGAGGAGGCAACAAAGAGUGGAAACAGAUUCCUCUAAGGAUCCAUCCAUCUGAGUGAGUCACAGCUGAAGCCCAAGGAGAGACUAUGAAGACAAGUUUUGUCACCCCGCAUUGCAGUCCAACAAGAUAUGACAUAACAUGGAUCCCUUGCUAAUCACCAUGAUGACCAUAAAGCUGUGACUGGCAUUGUGAAGCCUUCACCCCUUUUUCAGCUCCCAACCCAGACCUUUCUCCUCUUUGGAAAUCCUUCAGAGGAACUAUUGUCACUUCCCUUUCUCCUGCAAACACAACCUCAUUUCCUGCCUGCCUCCACCUUUUUCUCCUCAAUAAUUAUAGCUUCCCCUUUUAAAUAAUUUUUUUAUCGGCAUCAUGCAGGGUGCUUCUACCACCUCCACUCUCCUGUUUCUUGUUCUCCCCUGCCUCGUAUUCUUCUCCCACUUUCCCUACAUGGUCAAUGGGGACUGCUGGCUCAUUGAGGGGGACAAAGGCUAUGUGUGGCUGGCUAUCUGCAGUCAGAACCAGCCACCGUACGAGACUAUCCCCCAGCACAUCAACAACACUGUCCAUGACUUGAGGUUGAAUGAGAACAAACUGAAAGCUGUGCUAUUCAGCUCCAUGUAUCGCUUCACCAACCUGACUGACCUCAACCUCACCAAGAAUGAAAUCAGCUAUAUUGAGGAUGGAGCCUUUGCAGGACAAGCCAACCUACAGGUUCUUCAGCUAGGCUACAACAAGAUGACAAACUUAACUGAGGGUAUGAUGAGAGGGCUCGGACGCAUGCAAUGCCUCUUUCUCCAGCACAACCUCAUUGAAGUUAUUGCCAGCAAUGCAUUCUGGGAGUGCCCCAGCCUCAGCAGCAUUGACCUGUCAUCGAACAAACUUGGACGCAUUGACCCAUCUACAUUCACAGUUCUCAGUCGGCUGAUGGUGUGCGAACUGGCAGCAAAUCCAUUCCAUUGCGGCUGUGAUCUGUACAGCUUCCUAACCUGGUUGGAGUCCUUCAACAAUGUAACACACACUUAUGACCGCCUCCAGUGUGAGACGCCCCGGGAGAUGUUUGGCUACCCCUUACUUAUCGCUGCUGGCCAUGCUGGUCGGAAUGCCAAAAACAUUUUGUACCAUCACUGCCGAGAUGGAGUGAUGAUUCCAGGAAUGACCUCUCUCCCACCAGAUCUGGAUGGUCCUUCUGGGAUGGGACCAGAGAUGUUUGGUGGUGCGGGGCCAUACAAUCAGCCAACCACCUCUUCUUCAUCCACUGAACACAGCUUCAUUCCCAGCAUCAAGCUCCAUCAUAUCUCUUUGUCAUCAGCCUCAAUCCUUGUGCAAAUUCCGAGGCCCUACAGCAAAAUGUAUAUUCUAACACAAUACAACCACACAUACGUGUCUGACGUCAUGAAUUUGAAGAAAAAGAAAGAGAUGAUCACCCUCAACAAGCUCAAGCCGCACACCAAUUACACCUUCUGUGUUGCAUCCAUCCGGAACUCUCAGCGUUAUAAUCACACCUGCCUACAGUUUGCCACUCGCGCUCAAAAUCAAGAUGACCUGAUCGCCACACCUUCCACCACUACUCACUACAUAAUGACCAUUGUGGGCUGCCUUUUUGGCAUGCUUAUUAUUUUAGGCUUUGUCUACUAUUGUCUUCGUAAAAAACGGAUGCAUGAUGACAAGAGGAAGUCCAUCUGUGUCAAGAAAACUAUAUUAGAAAUGCGCUAUGGACCAGAGGUGGCAGCAGCAGUGGCGAAUGAUCCAUUGGCAGUCCACAAACUUCAGGAGCAGUCCAGAGAACAUCACCAGUAUCAGCACCACCAUGGAGGCAAACUUCCCAUGUCCGCAUCCUCUAGCUCAGGAAUGCUCCACUCAGCCAACACCAGUUCCUCCAGACUUUCCUCUAUCCCACAAGUGGAAAAGAUGGCCACUGCCUUUUCAGAGGCCAUGGCUACAAGUAAAGGAAACUAUAUGGAUGUCAGAACUGGAGGGGCAGGGAUGGAGAGGGUGGGAGAUGGUGGUCAUGGAGGGAUGGACUUGAGGGACGAUGAUGGAACUGAUGUUGGGGAUGACUCAGAUGAUGACGGACAUGGCUCCGCAUCAGAGAUUUCCACCAUUGCGAUGGAGGUGGACAAGGUUAACCAGAUCAUUAACAACUGCAUUGAUGCACUGAAGCUGGAUGCAGCAGCGGUUGCUGCUUCAGGGGCCUCUAAUAAUCCUACAGCAUGCUCCAAUCCCACCUCCCCUCCCCCCACCAGCACGUCCUCCCUUACUCGUGGCCUAAUCCCACUUUCUCAAGGGCUGACAGAGACGUGCCAAGUCAUUGCUCCCAACAAAAUACCCCCUCCACCUCCACUCCCUGCCUUGAAUGCCCCUCUCUCUGAGCGCCCAGGGAUCAGCGGUGGUGGCUUUGUCGUCACUCCCCCCUAUAGGCCUCCUCCACCAGCCACUGCUGUACGGCCUAUUCAACGACAACUGAGUGCAGAUACAGCUGUGAUUAUGGCAAAUUCUGUCAAGAAACAGUGCAGCACCACCUCUUGUGGCUCCAUGGGUCGGGACAGGGAACGUGGAGGAGCUAGAGUGUACAGCCUGGAUGUUUCUGAGCCACGGAGCCCAGAUGCCUGCAAUCAACAACAGCAGCAGUACCAAGACCGGGCCAGUCCCGUGGGUUGUGGGGAGCCCCUUGAGAGACUGCCUUUAGUGGGGAGUGGGAGCUGUAGUGGAGGGGGUGGUGGUGGUUGCGACAGUGGUGGUGUUGGUGCCCAACAUCAGGACAACCAGAAGCCACACCAUUACCAUCAACAGCAACAAAUACAACAACAGCAGCAGCAGCAGAAGCAGCAGCAGCAGCAGCAGAAACAUCAGCAGCAGCAACAGCAGCAGCAGCAGCAGCAGCAGCAGCAGCAGCAGCAGCAGCAGCAGCAGCAGCAGCAGCAGCAGCAGCUAGAGGUGCAACAGGACUACCACUGCUCGGAGCACCGCCACUCCGUCCCAGCUCUAUAUUAUGAAGGCUCCCACCAAGGCUCCCCAGCCCAGAAGGUUUCCUUCCUAAAGCCCCUGACACGCUCCCGCAGGGAUGCAGCAUCUUACUCCCAGCUUUCGCCUGCUCGCCACCAUUCCAGUUACUCUGGCUACUCCUCCAGCCCAGAGUACUCUUCAGAGAGCUCACUCCGGAUUUGGGAGCGUUUUCGUCCCUACCGGAAAGGCCAACGUGAUGAGGCCUGUUAUGUGACGGCCGGAAAUGCCCUUAGAAAAAAGGUGCAGUUCGCUAAAGGCGAGGACCUGCAUGACAUCCUUGAUUACUGGAAAGGGGUGUCAGCACAACAGAAGCUGUGACUGGGGGAACAGAAAUAGGCAUUUUUGGAAAAAGGUUUUGGAUACUUUCUUGUUUGGCCUGUGGGCCAGAGAAACGAUUUGAAGAUCAUGGGGACUAAAAUGUAGGACAAAACUUGCCUUUGUUUUUUUUGGCAUGCUAGGUGUAUAGAAUAUUGUGCUAAAGCAAGGACUGUGAAACUGUGCCUGGGAUAUGAGAGUCAUUAUGGUGUUUUAUUUUAUACUUCGUUGUAGCACCAUUUCUGGAUCAUUCUCAUUUAAUAUUUGUGGGUUUAAUUUAUAGCACAGGGAGCAAAUGCCAACUGUGUAAUUUAGUACUCUUUGAGUGAUCAUGUUUUGUGAUCAUAUAGACCGUCUUUAUCAGUGCCAUCUUCCCAUCUAUGGAUAAUCACAGAAGGUAAAUGCUGAUAUCCUUCAUUUUAAGCUUGUGUGAUCCAGGGUGUUGUUUCCUAUUUGGUAUUGGGUGCUGUGUCAAUUUGAACUUGGAUAUGUUUAGACUUCUAAGUGAAGGGAGACUAUGACAGGUGGGAUCUGUGCUCUGUUGUCAAGUGACAGCAUGCCGUUUAGUAAACAGAGUUGUCAAAUGCAGACCCUAUGUCUCUUCCCAAAGAUCCUUCAUGCAGCUGAGGUAUUUGCAUGUCAAUAGCAUCUGUCACACAGAAAGAAUGGAGAAAUGGGAAAUAAAUAUACAAAAGAACAAUGAAAACAGUCAAGAGGGCUUGAAAGAGAGAAAGAGAGUGAUUAAAGUGGAACCUUUGCCUACAAUAGUACUAUGAUUGCACCCUAAAGUGUUCAACACAUCUUCCCAACUAACACACUUGCAUGGUUCACUGAGUGAUGUAAAGACUUUCGUAAAUAACAUUUGCCCAUGUAAUGAUCAAAACUGUGAGCGUGAUUUGAAGAACUACAAAGGGCAAAAUCAUGUUCCCUUUAUGAAGGUUAUUAGAUGCUACUUACAUGUACAAUAAAGACAUUUAACUACGUGACAGAUGAUCUCUCACAAUCCCCUUACAAACGCCAUGAGAGAUGUAAUCCAUAUGUGAAAAGAGACCAAUAGAAGUUGAAAGAGAGGGGGUAAAAUAAAAAAGGGAAGAAAAACAAGGAUAUGAAUAUGUUUUUCUGCAGCCACUGUGAAUGUAAGUAGAUUACAAGCAGUUUAUGGGGAAAUCUAUUUGCACCAUUCACUGUAAGCACCUCAGUACAUUCCAAAUCCUUUCUCUAACAUUAAAACAGAAUGAGGCACAGAGCGAAAGGACACUUCUAAUUACUGCCAACAUGUCUGUUCUGUUCUGGAAAUUAAUGCUAUUGUUGUCUAUUGAUAACCUAAUUAGCCAACUUGUGACAGGCAUGCUCACUGGCACUUUACGCCUCAUGAUUGUGUGUGUGUGGUACACAGUGGUCAGUGUAAUUGGGUAUUGGCAUGCCUUGUCAGAUUAUAUUGUAUGUUCCCAAAUUGACUUAAAUUAAUAGUUGUCAUAUCUUGCCCAUUGGCUGGUUUAAACAAUACUAGAAUAUUAGUGGCAUGGACAAAUGUACAAAUAUCAACAAUGUUCAUUGUAUUGUCCCAGACAUAUCACAACCAGAUAUUCCACAGUAGUGCAGUGCCUCUCGCUAACACAGCCAUAAUCUAAUCUCCAUUCUUGUAUAGUAUUAUCCAUCUAUCUGGCCUUUCCUAUUAAGUGAUCUACUUGUGAUUGUCCUAAAUGAUAUUGUCAUUUUCUGGCAUUAUGACAAAAGGCAUCCUGCUUACCCAAAGUGUAGUGUAGUCUUUGGAUUUUUGCAUCAUCAGCCAACAAUCUGAGACCCUACCCUAAAAAUGUGAAAACUGAAUCAAUGGUCCUUGCUCCACAUUUUUUGUUCAGGGCUAUGUUCAAUUGAGAAGAAGACAAGUUUAAUUAGUAACAUUAUGUUAUAUUAUCUCCCUCACUAUUUUAAUUGUGGAUGAUGACCCACCUCCCACUACCUUCCCUGCUCCCACAGGUCCAGUGGUUUAUGGGUUUGUCGUGAGACAUGAACGUGUCCUGUUGUGUUUUAUCAAAUGAGGAAAGGGAGAAAUUGCUUUUCUUGUAGGUAGGACUUCGGUUGGCACAACACAUGUCUACAUUGCUUUUCUUCUUAGCAGUUGAUUUCUUUAGCAUGCGCCUGAAUUUUCUGAAGAAAUCCAGGUUUAACAGGAGUGAGAGGGUGGUGUGCAAUGUUACCUCCAUAUUGAUCUGUGUUUUUCUUCCUCCCUCUUCGUUUUCAUGCAGCUAUCUCUGUCUCCUUCCUCCUUGUCUUAUCAAGAUGUGUGUAAACAGUCAGGGUCAGAGGUCAUUGCCGUUGGAGUCGGUGUUCUGAUGUGAGUGUUUACAAUUGAUUGGAUUCAAGAGCCUCACUGUCCCCUUUUAGUGUUCACGUGUCUGGGAUGCACCACCUCAUCCGCCUUUUCAUAUGAUAAAGCACCAUGUGAUGAACAUACAGUCUUGGAAAUGUCUCCCGCUGAUCUCCGAUUACCUGAGAUACGAAAGUUUCCAAAGGAACUUGUUUUACUGUGAUUGACUCAGACAAAUCAGAGGAAAGGAUUUCCUUUGCUGGUACGUUCUAAGAGUACUUUAUCCCACAGAAGAAACGUGAUGUGUUUAACUCACCAGAUCCUCAACUGCCAUAACACGUUUACAGAAAUGGACACUGAGGAUAAGUGUAACCGAAAAUUAAGAAAUGUUCAGUAAUAUCAGGAUUACUCAUCAUUUCAGCUGCCAUUUAAGUUCAUCUAUCUGACAAGAUAUAAUGUGAUAGAUAAUCCUGGUUAUUACUGCUUUCAUUGAUGUUUUUUUAUUUCAUACAUUUUCUAUUUUAAUUAACAUAUUUAACACACCAAUGUGUUUUUCAGGAAAGGAUUUCUAGUGGGACAGAUGUAUGUGCAAGUGCUCUUCUGCUUAAAUUUCAUUCACCCAUUUGCUUGAAUGAAUGAUACAGCAUUACAGGCUCAUUAUAAAAAGGGUUUUCACCAUAGCUCAAAUGAGAGCUAUUGUUGGAGGGGAUAUUGUGUUUCUCAACCUUAUUAAUUAUUUGAAAGCCUGUGGCCAAAAUAACCACAAGAUAGUCAUGCAAAAAGGAAAUUAGGACCACACAAAAGUCUAAUUUGUUUAUAUCUACAAUUAUCACUCUACAGAAUAAUAGUACAGCAGUCUCGGGUUAUAAACAGCUCAAAACAUUUACCAGUUGAAUAAUCAAAAUCUCAAACAGGACUAUAACUAUAUGUUAAAAGAAUAGUCAUGUCUACCUGUUUUUUUUAUCCCGCAAAGCCAGCAUGAAACAAAAAAACUCUUCUCCUCCUUCUCAUGCUGCUCAUAUCCUCUUUGAACCCCUGGAGGGUGGCUCACUCAGUGAUCAAUGGUCCUUUUUGUACCACAGUCCUUGUUGUUUGUCUCAGAGCCACAGGAAAGCCAGACGUGAGAAAGCCAUCUAAUGUGCUAUUAAAGUUUAAUCCUUUUUGUGGGAGGAUGGCUUGGGGUUGCUUCCCCUAUCCGUCUAUACCACCAGAAAUUCACAGAUGCUUUCUAACAUGUUAAUCCUUUGGUGCCCUAUUGUAUUUAAAGUCUGGCCCAAUUAAACUAAACUUUAGUUUCUUAAAUAAUGAAUCAGAGCCCAAAAUGAGGUGUUGGCUUAUAUCUUAUCGGUUUCUGAAUUACUAAAAGAGUUAAAUGCUUCCAUUAGGAAACACCACAGUAAAAGUUUUCAGUCCUCCCAUUACACACUGCACUUUUUACCCAUGUGAUCCGUCAUUAAAGAAGUCUCAGUCAAAGUGAAACAUUGCUUUUAUGAGCGAUCAUUAUCAUUUGGGGAUAAUCUGAGGAUGCAAUACUAAUUAUUAAUACAUAAAAAAACAGUGUAAUGAUCUAUAUUUUCUUUUGCUUGAUCAUUUACUUGAUCAUCUUCUUACAGCGAAGAAGAAACAUUUACACACAUCUGCAUAUUAUUCUUAUUUUCAAAUGACAUAAAUAUUAUAUAAACCUAGUAUGUAACUAAGAUCAAAGUGGACUGGUAGACAACGACCCAGCAAGAGGCCACAAGAGAAUUAUAUAUGCAGAAAGAGAUAUUUGUACAGUUAAAUAUUGUUGAAGGCAUAACACAUUUAUUUUUUACAUGCUGUUGAUUAUGUGGCAUAUUAGAGUGAUUGUAUAACCUUCCCUCCUCAACACACACACGAAUAGACGGCAAAAAUGAAAAAUAAAAAAGUGACUCAGAGUGAGUCACAGUCUGACUAAACACAAAAUGACUAUUUUCCUGAAAGGCAGGUAAUGGGCAAGGUCUUCAAAAAGAAAGAAGCGAUAACUGAGGGAUUUUGGCUUAAUGCACGCAGACAUCUGGGAUAAAAGAUUUGAAAGCAAGGCUACACUAAACUUACCAUGCAUGAUUCAGUGUGCUGCUGCAAAUGAACCAUAACACACACACACACACACACACACACGCACACACACACACACACACACACACACACACACACACACACACAUACACACACACACACACACACACACACACACACACACACACACACACAGAAGCAUUCAGAAACUUCAGCGUUUCUGACAGUUUAAAGCAUCCUUCAUUUAAAGCCUUAAGGCGGAAGCUUUAUUUCCACUUAAUUUCAAUGCAGAUGUCAGUCAGGUAUUAACAAUGACAGUGGGUUAAAUAUCAUAUUAUUUAUUACUUUUUAUCUAAUAGUCUAUUCAUUAGCAUAUUGUGCGGGAGAUGGGUCCGUGUGUAUAAUUUGAUAAAUGGCAAACUAUACUGUUUGUCUCCUCAUGAAAGCCACAGGAGGCAUAAUGUGAUAAAAUAAAUAAAUAAAUGCAUGACAUUUUUUUAAAUGUUGCUCUAAUGUGAAAUUGUAUUUAUAUUAAGAACAAAAAAAGGAAGUCAGUUGAGACAAAUGAAAUAUGUCUUGGCGUGACUGAUUUCUUGGUCAGUCUUUAAUGAGGCAGCUCCGACGGGCUGAGCACUGCCAACACUUCCUUUUCAACUGCCAAGCACUCGAAAAUAUAAUUUUUUCUUAAAUGUAAAAAUUAAAAGCCUCAUAUUGUAUUAAAAAGCAUUCACUGUCGACUAAAAGUCUUCAUCAGAAUGACUACUGAUCAACUCUGAUGUGUUUUUUAAAAAUAAUAAUACCUGUGAGCUAUUCAAUGAUUAAAAAACCCGCACAGCGACACAUAUUGAAUUUCUUUGUUAGCUUUUUUAAGGUUGAGAAACGUCUGAUAAUUCUAAAUAAAAGGUUUUCUGAGCAGAAGAGCAUUUGAAAAUCCUGUAUGUAAGCCGAAUUGGGCUAAGGUUUGCCACUGGAUGGACUCUGUUUUUCAACACUUAUUACACACACACAAAAAAAGUUUAUUCACACUUAUGCAUUAACUCUGCAAGGUUUAGUUUCCAAAGACGGACAAAAGACUUAAAGAAUCUGUGAAAUAUCUGUGAAUUUUGUACACUAGAUAAAAGAAAAAAAUGUUAAAGAUAAAAAAAAAGAAAAUGCUUCUAUGGAUGUUUUAUACUCAGCCUGAUCUCUUGAUAUGUCUGUGUGUUUCUCUCUUUUCAGUUUGUCUUUGUUUAUUUUGUUAAGGAGUUUUUUUGGCGGGUGGGGCGGUUGGUUAUUCGGAACCAAGGGAUUAACUUUAUUACUUGCAAUGAUAUGUGUUAUAAAGGUUUAUGAACAGAGAAAGCUUAACAUAGUAUACUACAUAAGAGAAAAGUUGUUAUAUUUGCAUGAUUCCCUGUAUUUUUUGAGAGACAAAAAUAUAUUGUUGAGUGGACGUACAUUGAAAAACAAAAACUGUAGGGGCUGAAAUACAGUAAUGUCAAGUACCUUUAAUUUGAACAUUUAGGUUUUAGCCGUUUUUUAUUCUCUGUGACAUUUUCUAUAUACAUUCUUACCUAUUGGUUUUCAUUUGGGUGAUUGUAUUAUAUACUGACACUGCAGUUACCAUUACUACUCUUUGAGCCACAGGCUGGUGGCGUGUGCAGUACGAAGAAAGGGUAAAAAAUGUCUGAGGCUGGUGGGUGUUCACAUCCAUCUGUUAUGAGAAACUGCAUUCUGUUCUUCUCCAUUACAAAGAUUAUUCUCCAUGGCAGACACGCAAAGCUAUCUGCUUUGGCUAGAGGCGAGGCCCUGUCACAGUUUGUGGUUGAAUUUUCUCAAAACUCAGCCGUCUCCUUUAGUUUUUUUCUGGUUAAAGAAAUAAUAUAUGACAAUAUAUGUUCAAAGAAGAGUGUGUAACGCAAGCACACACACACUGCAGAUUGUUUAAUGGUAUUAACCUAAUCCCAAUCCAUCAAUUACAAGUCACUGGCAAAUCAAUGCAGCAUCAGCAGCUUCUCCGUCAGCAUCAGCCUACACGCUGUUAGCUAAAUCUGUGAUUCUUCAUUCCCCAUCCUCUGCUCUCAGAGCCUGCUGGUUUUCUAUCCAACUAUUUAAUUUAAUUCAUCUAACAUCCAGUCAGAUGUAAAUCAGUCUUUCAUCAUUUUUAUUAUACACUAUAUUAUACACUCUUCUGCUGAAUGGCGUUUUGUGUGCACUGAAAAGACUGUAUCUCGACUUGAUUAAAAAAUAAUAAAUACGCCGACCCGCUGUUGAACUAAAAGUAUAUGCUACGUCUAUAACUGGAUUCCUGAUAAACAUGAAUAUAAUCAAAAGAUGAACAUUUUUAUUCCCCAGCAUUCAAAAACAUCAAUGAAUGAGUAUGACCACAGAGAGAAAUAAACAAAGUGUAAUUGGUUCCAUUGGACAGAGUAGAGCCUUUAAAGGAGGCCGAGUCUUGAGUACAUAUCAUUUGGCACCCAUCCAAUAAUGUGUCGGUAACGCCUACUGCAGCUCUGUUGAUACAUUAGUUAUUGCAUCAUGGUCUGUGCGAAAGCACCAAGCCAUAAAUCCUAGCCAUGUUUACAUUCUGCGGAGACAAUACGAAACUCUCCAACUGAGAUGUAUAGCCUAUUCUGUGCCGGAGCCUUUGCCAAAACCCAAAGAGGCCUCGGGGCUAAGUCUUCUCCUCAGUUUGUCAACAUGGCACUGCUAUAUUUCAUUAUUUACCAGUUUGUAGAGUCAUGUUUAUUCUGUAAAUGUGCACUGUAAUCUGAGAAGGCAGUUUUAAUGGUACUGGAGGAUAAUCUUUAACUCAUAACGCCAGAUCCAGAGUGGUGAAACUUGCUAAAAGGUCCUAUUGCAGUGAGAGCCGAUGCAGUUCAUUCUGAAAAACGUUAAUGUUUUCUGCACUCACAGAUAGCAGAGGCAGGGCGUCCAUCGCUAUUCCGUGCACACAAUCCAGUGUUGUGGCACUCCCAAAGUCAGAAUGAUUGGCCUUGUCAGUGCCAGAGAUCGAAAACUCAGCGGCUUCCAAAAUUGGCUGUCAAGACCGCAGGGGACAUCAUUGACUCAUUGAGGACUGAUGCUUUGCAGCAACAAAAGUAUUCAAUGUUUAUGUACACAUGAUGCAGAAACGUGUGUUAUUAAAUUGGCAUGAUGCAAAGCACUGAGCCAGAAUCAAACUAUUAUUCAGUCAGGAUUAGGUUUAUCACAACCUGCUCGGUCGGUAAUCAGUGAUUUGACUUCUACCGAGCUCUAAUUCCUUUGAGUUUAAGGGAUACAACUUCACCCCACACUGCACAAUCUGACAUGCAAUACAGCUUCAGAACAUAAUACAGAAAAGUAACAGUGCAGAUUAAUAAUAUACAAUGUGUUUUAGUCUUUGAACCAUUGCAUUUAUUUUUCUGUAGUGACAUAGUUUACAUUCAUUUUAGUGACAUAUUCUUUUCCCUCUAAAAAGCAUUAAAAAAAUUCAACAAGAAGCACUUACAAGGGACUAAGAGUAGAGACAUUUCACUGAUUUACAGGUCAUUUCAGUUAAAAAUAGGUAUAAAUAGUAUAAAUAGCCGCUUAAAAAAAAAACAACACAACCAGCUAAUAUAAUAACUGAAGUGCUCAAGUAUAACCAUCAUCUGUGUGAUCCCUAAGGCCAACGGCCAAAGAUAAUUCUCACAUCAAUAUCAUAUGAUUUUUGUUCCUAUUUGACCAUUUAUGUAACAUUUGUGUCAGGACUCUUGCAAUGAUGACAGUAUCAGGGGUCUUUUGAUCUUAAAAUCAAGAGGCCGUCACUGUAUUAAAUCAAAAGACCCAUGGUCAUAUUUUAUUCAAAUCUAAUGUGCCUCUCCCCUCUGGUUUCAGCUCUACACACACUAUUGUUUAGAGACCAAAAGGGAAAGACAAUACACAGGUUUGGAUGAUGGGAACAACUCUAGGCUUUUUUUCUGUCUUUAAUUAUUUGUUGCUGAUAUUGACAUUGUUUUCCCUUUGCGAUUUCUGUACAAAAGAUCUAUUUCUAUAUUUGCAAUAAAUUUGUAAUGAAAAACGUG